AUGGCCGAUCUGACCGAAAUGCUGAGAGAGCCCGUGGAUGUUGCUACUUAUCUCUUCACUAGGCUGAAGCAGAUGGGCAUCGACUCUGUCCAUGGACUUCCGGGUGAUUUCAAUCUGGUGGCUCUGGAUUAUCUCGAGGGCUGCGGUCUUCAAUGGGUGGGAAACUGCAAUGAGCUCAACGCCGGCUACGCCGCCGAUGGCUAUGCUCGAGUGAAAGGGAUAUCAGCUAUUAUCACCACCUUUGGAGUGGGGGAGCUGUCUCUGCUCAAUGCAACCGCAGGAAGGCGAGUCACCUUCGCCGAGUUCGUGCCAGUGGUGCAUAUCGUCGGGACACCUAGUACCAUAUCUCAGAAAAAUGGCAUGCUUCUGCAUCAUACCCUGGGCAACGGCAACUUCAAUGUUUUCGCCGAGAUGGCUGCCCAUGUGGCAGUCAACGUCGCCAAAUUGAAGGACCAUCGCGAUAUCGCCUCACAAAUCGACAAUGCGUUGCGCGAGUGCUAUCUUCUCAGUCGGCCCGUUUACCUGACGCUCCCGACAGACAUGGUCAAACGGAAGGUUGAGGGUCAACGACUCAAGACCCAACUGGACCUGAGCCCGCACAAGAAUGACCCAGAAAAGGAAGAGUACGUGGUCGACGUGAUUCUGAAGUAUCUCACCGCGGCCAAGAACCCCGUCAUUCUGGUUGACAGCUGCGCCAUUCGUCACCGCGUGCUGCCCGAGACCCACGAGCUGAUCGAGAAAUCGGGUCUACCGGUGUUCGUGGCGCCCAUGGGCAAAGGCGCCGUCGAUGAAACCUUGCCUAACUUCGGCGGUAUCUAUGCAGGAGCUGCGUCCAACCCUGGAGUCCAGGAGCGUGUUGAAGGGGCAGACUUGCUCCUGACCAUCGGCAGCGUCAAGUCCGACUUCAACACGGCCGGAUUCUCCUACCGAACCUCGCAACUGAAAACCAUCGACUUUCACAGUACGUACAUGCGAGUGCGGUGGUCAGAGUACCCCGGGGUUGGCAUGAAAGGCGUCCUCCGCAGACUCAUCGACCGACUACCCAAGCUCGACGUUCAGCCUGGACCUACAUUACAACAGAAACAGAUCCCCGAAGAUGAAAAUCCUAACGACACUGCCAUCACGCACCGUUGGUUCUGGCCGCGGUUGGGACAGUGGCUGCGUGACGGCGACGUUGUGCUCACCGAGACUGGAACGUCCAACUAUGGCAUAUUUGAUACUCGAUUCCCUCCAAAUGUGACGAACAUCAGCCAGAUUCUAUGGGGGAGUAUUGGUUAUGCGACCGGCGCAUGUCAGGGUGUAGCAUUGGCCGCCAAAGAGCUCGGUGGUAACCGUCGGACAAUUCUCUUCACCGGCGACGGCAGCUUCCAGCUUACAUGCCAGGAAGUGAGCACGAUGAUCCGGCAUAACCUCAACCCAAUCAUCUUCAUUGUCUGCAACAACGGUUACACCAUUGAACGCUUCAUCCACGGUAUGGAAGCCGGCUACAACGACAUCCAGAACUGGAAAUACAAGGAUCUGGUCCCAGCCUUUGGAGCAACAGAAGGCAGCUACAAAACAUACCAAGUCAGGACAAAGGACGACAUCCAUGCUUUGUUUCACGACGAAACCUUUUCGAAAGCUCCCUGUCUGCAGUUGGUCGAGAUGUACAUGCCGUGGGAUGAUUCGCCUGCAGGAUUGUCUGUGACGGCAGCUGCCAGUGCUCGGAAUAAUGCCAAAAUGCUCGAGACUUCUUAG